AUGCAUCCCGAGACAGAUCCGCUCUUUUCAUCCUACAUCCUCGCCACUGUCGCAGAUUGGCAAGAACUGCUAUCAAAAACUCAUGUACACGACGUGUACAUACCCGUGGCGAUCCUGUCUCUCGCUCAUGCCGUUCGAAUGAGCCACGGCACACGCAUGCUGUGCGGAGGGGGACAGGGGCGUUUGGGCCUGUUCCAAAGCUGCGUACUCAAUCUGAUAGCCCUUUUUGCACCAUCAAGCCUGCUUGCACUUCUUCUGGGCAUGCCAUCGCCCUUGCUCAUGUCACCCGUGGCCAUCUGUUUGUACACAGUCGUGCAUUGCAUUAUGUACACGACGGGCUUGGGUCAUCAACUGAUUCGUCUACAUACACAUCCGGCAGGCGCAUUCUGGCUCGAAAUUGGCCUGGCCUGCAUCGACUCGCUAUGCCGCACAGAGGGCAUGGCGAAUGUCGGUCUUGCGCAGAUCCAGCGGCAUCCGCAUCCAGUGCUCGCACAGUCGUGGACAGCUCAGGUCAUCGCAGGCACGCUGCUCGCUGCGGGAAUGCCACUCAUUGCCUCCGCUUUCCAACUGCACUCACCCAUGGGUAUUUGGCAGCUGAGGACCCCAGCAUGGAUCCACGAGCCGUCUCGCCUCCUGUAUGCCGACCUCGUGGGCGGCGCUACCGUGUCGCUCCUGCUUCUCGUGCUAACGAGUGGGAACUUGCACGCAAAACUGCCGUGGCUUCCACGUCCUACACGGAGCAUGGCUCGCUGGCUUGCUCUUUCACACAAACCCGACAUACACCGAUCGACGCACCUGCCGUAUUUAUCAGCCCGCGAGGCCAAAGCGGUGUGCACCGCCGUCUUGUUUGUGUGUCUGCUAGUGCCGAUCAUCCACCGGCGUCUUGUAAAGCAGCGUGGUUCUGUGGCACGCCAGCAAGAAGGGGCAAGGACAAAGAAAGCCAAGGAGUAA